UCAAACCGGAGUCGUUUUUGAGGUUAUCAAAGGAGAUAAUUAAUAAAUUGUUAUUUAUGAAACUAAUUUGUUUGAAAACAUGGGUACAUCUGUAAGGACGCUGUCCUGCAUGAUACUAAUACUAGCAAGUGGAUUUAUAUGUGAGAGUGCUAAAAUAAACACACCACGAGUAUUGCUACCAUGGUUUGAAAAUCAUUACGUGAAUUUUACGUUUGAAAUAAUUGAAGGAGGCUGUUAUACAUGGAGUUUGUCUCGCGAUGACAUCAUCGACUUGGAGCCUCUUUACGACGAUGCUUGGGGUCAUUGUUCACGCAGUGCACGAGUAUCUGUUUCCAAAACAUGUAUACCUCCAGGUUCAGUCAUAAUUCUAGCGGAGGAAGUGAGCACUGGCGAGAUUUUAAGAGGUGACGUUGAUAUUGAUAAAAUAACCUCAUUGAAAGUUUUGAGUACUACAUGGAAGUUAUAUUUGGAAGAGGCACCGGAAGCAUUUGAAGUUAUAGCGUAUGAUGAUUCAGGCAAUAAGUUUUCAACAUUGGAAGGAAUAAGUUUCAGUUGGACAGUUGAAAAUAUUGGAAGUACUUAUGGAGAUGAACCUUUAGUUAUGCUAGUUCGAUGGAGUGACACAGAUUAUGAAGCUCCCAAAGGCAUUACAGAAAUAGAAGCUAAAGGUCAAAGAGCACAUUCUGUUUUGUUAUAUGGACAAGCUAUGGGAGAGUCCAGGGUUACAGCGUGUCUCGGUCGAAUAUGUACGGACUUUAAACUGCAAGUAGUCGCUAGUGUUGUGUUGACUCCUGCGACGGCUUAUAUUGUACUUGGUGAUGCUCUACGUUAUAGAGUUGUCAGAGCUAGAGCUGGAAGGCUCACAAUCCAAGAUGUAGCAGAGACCCUUUACACAAUGGCCAUACAAGAUUCCUCUGUUGCAAGAUUAGAGGACACAAUAAGCCUUGUAAGGGGCACAGAACUAGGCACAGCUCCCAUAUUCCUUAUGUCUGGUUCCACAGAAGUCACAACCGCAAUCCUUACAGUAGUUGAACCAUAUUCUAUAAGAGUGAACAUUCGGCCAGCAAAUUUGAUCAUACAAGGGGACGAGUUUACAGUGCAAUGUGUGGUUUAUGAUCAGGAUGGUCAUGCUUUAACUGCGGGACAGGAUAUUUUGAUCAGAUUAUCAGUAGAAGGAGAGGCUAAUGUUGAUUUGCUAAGGUCUACAGAGAAUGGCACUAUUACAGAUGCAAUUGCACACAGCUCAGGGACAUUUACAGUGACAGCUAAGCUUUAUUCUAUAGCUGGAAGGAGUGUGUCAAAAAAGGUGGAAGGACAAGCAUCAGCAGUUGCUGUUAGUCGAGUAGAGAUUGUACCUCCAGAGCUUUAUGUUGCUUGGACGGAUUCUAUUCAGGACAUUAAACUAAAACAUCGCGGCGGUGGUGACGAAGAAGUUACUUGGACAGAAAACGAAAAUGGCCACAGUGCUCUUUCUCUGUCUGACACGGGGGUAGUGACCGUGCGUGGAGUGGGACAGAUAGAUGUUAGCGUGCACUUGACUAAAUAUUCGUAUAUACGAGCGACGGGAAGGGUCUGGUCAGCAGUACCAGAAAUGGUUCAAGUAUCGAGUUCUGGCCACGCACGAGUAGGAAGACCGCAUUAUUUGCACAUUGCACUAACAGCUACACAUCCAUCUACUGGCGAACUUUAUAAUUUCCACACGUGUGAUUGCAACUCAUUUGCAGUAUCUUUAUUGGAAGGGCCAGAACCAUUCAAUGUAACUGCAGUGCCUUGGGUGCAGCCUGUUGAGGGCGCCUGUUGCGUAAUAGAAUGCUAUUGGAAAUCCCGCGGCGUAUCCGCGGUACGCGUGUCCCGAGGACGCGCUGGUGACGUAGCACGUGUGGCUGUGAGAGCGGCACCUUCACUGCUCUGGCCUAUGAGAGCCGCCGCGCUUGUCGGUGCCACGCUACCCGUACUCGCGGAAGGGGAAGCUCUAACGCCUCUUUCACUGGAGCCCCGUACGGCAGAUAUUGUAUCCAGAGAUGGUCAGCCACCACACAAGUACCCAGAUGUGCAACUUUUUACCAUGAAAUGUCGUAGGAAAGGCGAAGCUCGUCUUGAAUUGAGUUCGGAAGUGGAAGGCGAGAGAGAAGUCAGCGAAUUGGAAGUAUCCUGCGCUCCGCAUGUAUCCCGGGUCAAGUUGGAGCCCACAGAACCGCCGGGCAAUUGUUCUGCUAGUACUAGAGUAUGGAUACGCCCCGGCCAAGAAGUGUCGGUGAAAGUGAUGUUAUUCGACGCAAUUGGUAGGGAGCUAUUAGAUGAACAAGGUCCGAGGAUGUCGUGGGAAGUUCAACCUAAUCACAUUGGAAUAGAGUACAAAGCUAGAGAUAGAAUGUUUGUGGAAACCAAUCCGGACUAUGCGCCUGUGCCUGUGCCUAUGAAAUAUUUUCAAUUGGUGUCCGCGGAAGAAAACGCGAUCGGUUGGUCUGGAGUGUUGAAAGCUGAUAUUCCAGAAGCAUCUGCCACUAUACAAGCUAAGGUUGUGGCGCCUCUCAAAUGUGAACCUAAUAAGGUGAACUUAGCCUGGGAGAGCGAAGUGGCCCCAAACAUAGCCACUAUAAGUGGUGGCAGUGGACGCUAUGCUGUCGAGAGUCCCAAAGGAGUUACUGCUACGGUUGACAGUGGCAUACUAAAUGCUGUGUUACCAGCCCCUGGGUCUUAUGAUUUGACCGUUGUUGAUCUGUGUGUGCAUGGCGAGAGGCAGACUGUUGAGGUGAACAUCGAAGAAGUGCUAAGCGUGGAGGUAUCAACCGCCCGCGCUAUAUGCGAAGGCGCGUGCGUGCCCAUCAGUGCGCUUGUACGUGGCGUGUCCCAUAGAUACUUGUCCAGUAGCCGAGAUCCCGAGUGGAGGACCAGCGGCAAUGUGGUUGUGAAGGGAACCAGUUUGUGUGGAGUGAAGGAAGGCUCUGGAAGGGUCAGGGCGUCGUUGGCUGGCGUGUGGAGCCCGGAACUUGAGGUCACGGUGUUCCCCAGUCUUCGUAUAGUGCCGGAACGAUCCCGUCUACCUCCCGGAGCGAGGUUGCAGCUGCGCCAUGCGGGCGGACCUCCCAUGCACCUCGCUAGCUUGACGUACAAACUUAAACAGGGAAACACUUUUGUUGAGGUGUCGCCCUCAGGAGCAGUGCAAGGUGUAAACUUAGGUUCGGCGCGUAUCGUUCUGAUCGCCUCCGAUAUAACUAAUGUCGAAUUGGCCACUGCUGAAGCUGAAGUUGAGGUGGUACCUAUAUCGAACCUUCGCUUGCGGGCUUCAACUCAAACACUGUUGGUGGGCAAACCUGGUCGUGUAUGGAUAGAAGCGGCCGGGCUGAGCACAACAGCGCUGUGGGCGCUGCACCCGCCGCCGCGCGCCACCUGGACCCUGCGCGACCCCAGCGCUAGAGCCGCCACGCUGUACACCACGCACGCUAUGGAUAUGUUGGAAAGAACAGCCGCAGAGGGAUUGUCGAUACGCGUUGUUCCGCUGAAAGCAGGCGUUAUUACAAUCGACGUUCGAGUGCGGAAUAUGGGACAGGUAUCCGAAACGCGUUCCUGGGACAGCACAAUCGAGAUCCUCGGCAUAACAGAUAUCAAGACAUCCGUAGACGGUCUAUCACGAGAAAUGGACUCUGGAGAACGACUUGCUCUAGCUGUAGGAGCCACUGUGAAGUUACAUUCAGCGCCCAGAAGUAGCUGGGUGUCGUAUGACGAUGGAGCCUUUGAUUUGCGACCGAGCGGUGAACUGGUUGCUAUGCGACCGGGGCAUGGGGUUGCUGUGGCAAGGCAUAAUGAUGAGAGGAACGGAAUUAAUCGGGAGAGUAUAAUCCACGUAGAAGUGGCAACGCCGCACUACUGCACCGCGGAGCCGUCCGGCGAGGACGAGGCCGGGAUACGCGUUGUAUUGCGCAGUUCUAUCGGCCGCGAGCUGAUCGGCCCGCAGGCUAACUGCUCCGUGUCGCCGCCGGUGCAUGCGCAUGCAAGGCCUGCUGUUAGUGGUCUCGGAACGGAACUAUUACUGUCGAAUAUAGAUGGGACUGGUGCGUUUAUGGGAUUCCACAGCACUAUCGGGGGACACACUGUCUCCGAUGAAGUAUGGGUUUCCGCUACAGACGUUAGCGUUAACAGGAUAUUAGCGGUGGGCAGCUGGGCAGUGUGCCUGGAGGGCGUGGGCUGGCGCGGCGACAGCUCAGUGCGCAUUGCGGCGGGCGCGGGCGCGUCGCUGGCGCUGCUGGCGGGCGCCGCGCCCGCGCGCCACGCGCUGCGCCGCGACCGCCCCGCCGCCGCCGCCAGCGUGCACCAGCUGCCGCUCACAGAGAUGGAAUUCAUUCCCGGCGAAUGGCCGGCAUCUUUCGUGCCGUUGAAAAUAGACUCCGGUCUGGGAACCGGGCCGGUGCUCUGUACAGAGGAACAGAAGUACGCGCUUGAGGGGGUGGAAGUCGAGUUGCCGUAUACAUGCAGGACUAAGCCCCCGCACACGGCGCAACCGGUUUUGGAUCUUAAGAACGGUCAACUUGGCUGUUCAAUAAUACCAGCCGUACAGGUCACGCAAUCUUUAGAACUCGACUUAUGCGCGGAAUGGGAAACAUUCAGAACGUGCACCAAAGUCCUCCUCCUCCCGUUAAUACACGUCUCAGCGAACAAAGUGUCGCUACUCAACCCUCCAACGCUAUUCACAAUAACGGGACAUCCGCAAGCGAUGAAACAUGUCAAGAUGACCGCAUCUCCUGGACUAAAGAUAGAACCCAGUAUAAAGGACACUGAAAUUGUAGUGACAGUGAAAAGUGAAAGUGAUGAUUGUGGCCUCGGGUGGAUCAAUAUUGUGUCGAAGUUAACAGCGCAAGAGAUAAGGGUUGAUGUUGAAAGAGAGUGCGAUAUUGCAUGCGGUACGCUGUUGGGAGCGUUGUUCUCUCUGCUGAGACCGUACUUGUCAACGAUCAUAACUGUAGCGGUUAUGGCUGCUGGAUAUUGUUAUGUCCAAUCAAAACUACAACAGAAGUCGCCAAUCCGUUUACCAACCGAGCCUGUACAAACGGUGCUCCCGGAAACGCCGCCAUUACGCCAAAGGAGUUGGUCCCGAAGCCCAUACGCUUCUAACGGACCUAGCUCUCCCAUAUAUGGAGAUGCUAGCAUGCUACCAGAUUCGAGUUUCUCACCAACUUCAAGAAUGCACUCGAGAAUUCUAUAGCAGUGAAUAUGACCAAAGACAAUAAACUGACUGACUUUUAAAGUGACUAAGUGAUUUUUAUGUCUAAAGACAUAAUGUGGUGUUUGUGACUCGCUUUUAAUAUGGUAAAGGAAGGAAGGGAUAUUGAACAUGUGGUAAUAUCGGAUUUUGUGGUUAAUUUAGGUUGUUUACUCGUAAGAGAUUUUCAUUGUGUGUUGUCAGUCAUUAGUUUUAGAUUUUGUUUGUUAUUGGCAUAAUAAAGUACAUGGGAAACUGUCCCAAAGGAUACAUUAAAACUUCAGACAGGCAAGAAUUGUUUAUAUAUAUAUUAUGUUUAUACUAAAAAAAGGCUCAUGAUAAAACUUGGUUUGAGUGAAACUAGGCUGUAACACUAAUUCUCUUUCAUAAAAUAUAGUAUUAAUGCUUUAGUUUUUAAGUGGAAGGCACCCUUUUUGGUUUUUUUAAGAUGAAAAGAUCUUGUUUUUGUUGUUAAAAUACGAAACUUUAAGAGCUUUUUUGUAUAUAGUUAGAUUUACGUAUUUAAUGAUGUGGUGAUAUUAAAAUCUGGAUUAUUUAAAUUAUGAAAACUUCUUUAAAUGUGACAGAAUUAUGUACAUUUUAUAAGGUUGUAACAUACAGACAUGCAAAAAACAUACAUAAUUUGAAUAAUUUGUACUCAUGUUUUUUUAUACAUUUUUAUUAUUAUUACUACAAAACUAUUAUUAAGAUAUGUCUAACAAAUAUUUUGACUAACUACUAUUACUGUAAUUAACAUGUAAAUUAACUAAUAUUUUAAAUAUAGAGGUGUUAUGGACUUA